CCUACGGAGACUCGCUUUUCUAGGUCUAAACAUGUCUGUCAAAGCGUAUAUUGCACCUGUGGUCGAUUCUACUGCAAUAUUCAAAGAAGGUCUCUUCAAUGGGAAGGUUCUCUUCUGCACUGGCGGCGGUUCCGGAAUCUGCAAAGAAAUGACACGAGCUGUGAUGCGCCAUGGCGCAAAUGCAGUUAUCCUCGGACGAAAGAUAGACCGCCUGACGGCAUCCGCGGAGGAGCUGUCAAAGGACACAGGCAAAACUUGCGUCGGCAUCCAGGCGGACGUGAGACAGCCCAAGACUCUCCACGAUGCGGUUGCAAAGACCAUCGAGAAAUUCGGCCGCAUUGAUUUUGUGAUCUGUGGUGCCGCUGGAAAUUUCUUGGCUCCUAUUUCCGGUCUGUCCGAGAACGCCUUCAGGACAGUGAUUGAGAUCGACACUCUUGGUACCUACAAUACAAUCAAAGCGACCCUUCCCCACGUCAGGGCCUCCAAGGGUUCGUAUAUCCACGUAAGCGCUACUUUGCACUACAAGGGAACGCCUUACCAGGCGCAUGUCUCAGCGGCCAAGGCGGCAGUCGACGCCACAUCUGCGGUGUUGGCCGUGGAAGAAGGGCCCCACGGCGUGCGUUCGAAUGUCAUUGCACCCGGUCCCAUCGCGGGCACUGAGGGCAUGGACCGCCUCGGCACCAAAGGCAAGGCGGGCGAGACGGCGGUCACGGCCAUGCCGGCUGGCCGAAUGGGAGACGUGCGCGACAUCGCGAACACCGCCGUCUUCCUGUUCAGUGACGCGGCCGCGUUCAUCACCGGGCAGGUCCUCGUCGUCGAUGGUGGCAGCGAGCAUCUCCGCACCACCCAGCUGCCGUACCCGCAGUCCGUGCUCGACUUGCAGAGCGUCAAGCACCUGAUCACGCCACGUCUGUAGGAAGGAACAUGGUAGAAUCUAUCGAUUGCCUUUUUCGCACGUCGCACCGAAUAUACUGUUUGUAAAUCUUAACUCGCCAUGUACCGGUCUGUGGACGAAUAGAAUACUUCGAAAAGA